AUUAUCCCGUAUUCAAAAAUGUGUUCAAGACCCAUUAAGCAAGAAUAAAAAACGCGAUAGCAACUUUACGAUAAAAGAGGUUGCGGAAGUAAUCAAGACAAAUGUAAUCACAGAUCACAAUUCUUCAGAGAUUUCAAUAUGAUUUGAAUUACAUCUCGAUUAUACCACAUUUACAAAAAUCUGAGUACAAGUAUACGUGCAAGACCUUCGUGUGAAAGGUGCAACAGCUGAUGGUUGGAGAGCCACUGCAAAGAUGUCUCAAUCUUCGUUUUCCACAAACGAGGCAGUUAGUUUAGAGAAAACUGUGAGCCGUGACCAGAAACCUAUGGAAACUCCGUUAGAGGCCAUAGACUCAGUGUAUGAAAUCGAUAAGUGCGCCCAGUGGAUAAAAACAAAUAAUUUUCACAAUGUUUGUCUACAGUUUCCAGACUACUUAUUGCCUGACUCCAGUACGGUAGCUUUGAGAUUGGAAGCAAAACUUGGUGAAAAAGUCUAUAUUUUAGGAGAUACUGCUUAUGAAAGUUGUUGCAUUGAUUAUAUUGCUGCUGCUCACAUAAAUGCAGAUGCAAUCAUACAUUUCGGACCAGUAUGUUUUUCCCAGACUUCAGCUACUAUACCAUAUUUGAUUAUACACGAAAAACAUCAACUGAAUAUAGAAAAUCUCAAACAUGCAAUAGGGGAUUUGAAGACCAAUAGAUUAAUUGUUUUAGUUGAUACACCUUAUAUACAUAUCUUAGAUAGAAUAGAAGCUUUAAAAAAUGACAGUGUAACAAUAUGUUCUGCUGAUAAAAUAGAAGGUCUCUCAUCGGAUCAAAAGUUUGUUUUUGUGGGAGAACCUGGAAGAAAGUUAACCAACAUUGUUUUUGCUCUCAAGCCACAAGAGAUGUAUUGGUUCAAAGAUUCAUUACAUAAGUAUGUGAUGGAUGUAAGGGUACUUAAAAGGAGGAAUUACCUCAUGGAAAAAAUUAGAGAUAGUCGAACAAUAGGAAUUGUAAUAGGAACUCUUGGAGUGAAAAACUACCUCAAUGUAAUUGCCAGAAUGAAGGAAUUGAUCAAUCUGAGUAGAAAAAAGUAUUACAUAAUCAGUGUAGGCAAGCCUACGGUGGCAAAGUUAGCAAAUUUUCCAGAGUUGGAUGUCUAUGUGAUGGUUACAUGUGCCAUGAAUGAAAUCUAUGACAGUCGAGAUUUCUGUCAACCGAUUGCCACACCUUUCGAUGUUGAAAUCGCCCUCAACAAUUCUUUAAACAACAUUACUUUUUCUUAUGACUACAACCAUUAUAUUGAACACUGUAAGACUAUUGAGGGAAGUGGCGAUUCAACCGAAUGUGAACCAGAUGUUAGUUUGUUAACCAAUAGGAUACGAGGUGCUGAUAAUGUGGAAGAUAAUUGUGGAAGCAAUCAGAUUAUGUUGAGAAGUGAUGGGACUCUAGCUUUGAACACAAGCUAUGGAGCAGGGUUCUUAGCAGAUAGGACGUGGAAAGGUCUGGAGCAGAACUUGGGCAACACAGAGGUAGAAAAAGCUACUGAAGGCAGGAGAGGAUUGGCUCAGAAAUAUGAAAAUGAGAAUUGUUGAAGAAUUGCUGCUUUUCACUUGUAUCAAAUAAGUUAUAUUUUAAAUUUAAAUAAAAUGUCUGAAUUAGUUUUGCAAC